AUGCACGGGCACAGCUCUCAGCCAGACUCGCCCCAGUCUCAACUCGCCCUCGCCCAGUGGUCCCAGCGCAAGUGGGUCUGGGUUCCCGACGACCGCAAUGGCUACCUCGCAGGUUGGGUCGUCAAGGACAACGACGACGACGCCACCUCGACCGUCGCCCUCGAAGCCGGCGACGAUAUGCGCACCGUCGAGACAGACCUCCUCACCCGCGUCAACCCGCCAAACUUUGACGGCGUCGGCGACAUUGCCGACCUGACGUACCUCAACGAGGCCUCCGUCGUCCACAACCUGCGCUACCGCUUCCACCGCGGCGACAUCUACACCUACUCGGGCCUGUUCCUCGUCGCCGUCAACCCGUACCGCAACCUGCCCAUCUACUCUCCUCAAGUCGUCGAGUCCUACAAGUCGUCGCGUCGCGCGUCGCAGCCGCCCCACGUCUUUGCCGUCGCCGAGCGCGCGUGGCUCAACCUCGUCGACCAGCGCGGCCAUCAGUCGCAAAGCGUCCUUGUCACGGGCGAGUCGGGCGCAGGCAAGACCGAGAACACCAAGAAGGUGAUCCAGUACCUCGCCGCGAGGGCCGCAGACCCCCGCACUGCCUCGGGCGCGGCGACGGGCGUGAGCAGGAGCGAGUCGGUCGACCUCGUCGCGGCACGGCAUGCGGCCGCGGCUUCGGGGAGCGGUUCGGGCGGUGCGGGAGAAGCAGGAGGAGCAGGAGGAGGGCCGGCGCCUCGACUCGGCCGCCUCGAGCAGCAGAUCCUCGACGCCAACCCGAUCCUCGAGGCGUUCGGCAACGCCCAGACGGUCAAGAACCACAACUCGUCCCGGUUCGGCAAGUUUGUCCGCAUCUUCUUCACGCCCGGCGGGUCCAUCUCGGGCGCCGCCAUCGACUGGUACCUGCUCGAGAAGAGCCGCGUCGUCGGGCGCAGCAAGGACGAGCGCGGCUUCCACGUCUUCUUCUGGUUGCUCCGAGGCGCCGACCGUGGCCUACUCGACAAGCUCCUGCUCGCCGACGAGGCGCACGACAAGGGUUCCGCCGCCUUCGAGUACCUCGCGCACUCGCGGCAAGACGUCGACGGCAUGGACGACCGCGCAGAAUGGUCGGCGCUCGUUCGCGCCCUCGACACGGUCGGCUUCACCUCGACCGAGCAGCUGUCGCUGUUCCGCACGAUCGCGACCAUCCUCCACCUCGGCCAGCUCUCGCUCUCGGUGUCGGGCACGACGACGGCCUCGCUCUCGUCGCGCGCCGCCCUCGAAAAGGCGGCGUACCUGCUCGGCGUGCCCGCCGACGCGCUCGCCGACGCGCUCCUGCGCCCGCGCGUCAAGGCCGGCCGCGAGGUCGUCGUCCAGAGCCGGUCGCGCGACCAGGUCGUCGCCGAGCUCGGCGCCCUUGCCAAGAGCCUGUACGAGAAGAACUUUGCCGCCCUCGUCGAGCGCAUCAACGUGUCGCUCGCCGGCUCGGGCGCCUCGGGCUCGUCGGGCGCGACGUCGUCGGCGUCGGCGGUCGCGGCUGCCGCUCAGCAGCACAGCAAGCAGGCGUUCAUAGGCGUCCUCGACAUUGCCGGCUUCGAGAUCUUUGAGACGAACGGCUUCGAGCAGCUGUGCAUCAACUACACGAACGAGAAGCUCCAGCAGUUCUUCAACCACCACAUGUUCGUCCUCGAGCAAGAAGAGUACGCGCGCGAGGACAUCCAGUGGGACUUUGUCAACUUUGGCCUCGAGCUGCAGCCGACGAUCGACCUCAUCGAGGGCACGGCGCCUCUCGGUGUCCUCGCCUGCCUCGAGGACGCGAGCAUCACCCGCAAGAACGACGCCUCGUUCACCAACGCCCUGCACCAGCUCGCGUCGACCAAGCCCGUCUCGGAGCCGUACAAGCAGUACACGCCGUCGCGCCUGUCGCAGGGCUUCACGAUCGCGCACUACGCCGGCAAGGUCGAGUACCGCACCGACGGCUGGAUCGACAAGAACCGCGACCCGCUCAACGACUCGGUCACGGCGCUCCUCGCCCGCAGCGGCGACGACUACGUCAAGCGCAUGUACGCCGAGUACGCCGACGUCGCCGCCGCCGCCACGACCACCGCGUCCGACGGCGAGCUCGUCGUCGCAGGAGGAGGAGGUCCGCGCACCCGGGUCCGCAAGGGCAACUUCCGCACGGUCGGGCAGCGCCACAAGGAGCAGCUGUCGCUCCUCCUGUCGCAGCUGCACGCGACGCAGCCCCACUUUGUGCGCUGCAUCGUGCCCAACCCGGACAAGUCGCCGUCGAGCAUCGACGUGCCCCUCGUCCUCGACCAGCUGCGGUGCAACGGCGUCCUCGAGGGCAUCCGCAUCGCGCGCCUCGGCUACCCGAACCGGCUCGCCUUCGCCGACCUGCGCCGCCGGUUCGAGCUCCUCCUCCCGCUCGGCACCUUGCCGUCGUCGGGCGGCGCUUUCGUCGACGGCGCCGAGGCGUGCGCGACCAUCCUGCGCCACGCCGGCCUCGACCCGACGACGUACCGCCUCGGACUCACCAAGGCCUUCUUCAAGGCGGGCAUCCUCGCCGAGCUCGAGGAGCGCCGCGACGCGGCCCUGAGCGGCAUCGUGACGCGGGUCCAGGCCGCCGCGCGCCGGUUCGUCGCCCGCCGCCAGGCCGUCAAGGUCCUGCACCGCGCCGGCGCCGUGCGCACGAUCCAGCGCAACGCGCGCAUCUACGCCCAGCUGCGCGCGUGGCCCUGGUGGCCCCUGUUCCAGCGCGUGCGCCCUCUGCUUGCCGCCGCGAGGAGCGAUGACGAGCUGCGCCGCCGCGAGCACGAGCUCGCCGAGGCCAGAAAGCGCGCCGACGACGAGGAGCGCGUCCGGCGCGAGCUCGAGGAGCGCCAGGCCCAGCUCGAGCGCGACCAGGACGAGCUCGCGCGCAGCCUCGAGCAGGAGCGCCAGCUCUCGCUCGAGCAGGUCGGCGCGCUCGAGCGUGCGGCGCAGCGCGAGGUCGACCUCCAGGCCGAGCUCGAGGCGGCGCAGGGCGACUACGACGCCGUCGCCGCCCAGCUCGACGAGGCGCUCUCUGCGCGCCGCACCGCCGAUUCGCGCCUCGAGGAGCGCGGCGCGUCGUACGCCACGCAGACCAAGCUCGUCGAAGCGCUCCAGGCGGCGCAGGCGGUCGCCAAGCAGCGCGAGGCCGAGCUCGCCCGCCAGACGAGCGUCGACACGCUCGAGUGGGAGCGCGUCCGGCGCGAGCGGAGCGAGGCGCUCGAGCGCGUCGCCCGCAUCGAGCGCGAGCUCGGCGAGGUCAAGGAGGACCGGCGUCGCGAGCAGGAGAGGCUCACGGCGGCCAUGCGGCAGCUCGAGGGGCGCGUCGAGGCCGAGACGAGGGCGUCGACCGAGGCGAGGGCCAAGUUUGUCGCGCUCGAGGCGGACGCGAGGGCGGCCAAGGCCGAGGUGGCGGCGUUGCAGCGGGCGCACAGGGACGGCGACGAGCGUUUGCGGGCCAAGGAGGGCGAGCUCACCCGCCUGCGCACCGAUGCCGCCACCGCUCGUCAGCAGCUCGACGCCGCAAGCGACCGCGCCCGUCGGGCCGAGAGCCUCGCCUCGUCGCUCCAGCAGGAGCUCGCCGCCACCACCGGCGCUCUCGAGUCGUCUCGUGUCGCCCAGGACAAGGCCGGCGCCGACCUCCUGUCGCUCAAGAAGCUCGUCGACGAGCAGGCGUCGGACCGCCAACGCGCGCUCGAGGUCGCCAAGAUCCGAGAGGCCGAGAUCGCCGACCUCAAGUUCCAGCUGUCCAAGGUCGGCUCCGAGCUCACGCUCGCACAGCGUGACGGCGCCAAGCACGUCGAGCGCCUCCAGGGCGACCUCGAACACGCUCGUCGCGAGGCGACCGACGCCACGGCGCACCGGCGCGACCUCGAGCGCAAGGUCGCCGGCCAGGCCUCAGCGCUCGCCCAGCUCGAGGAAAAGAACGUCGCGCUCGAGCGCGCCCAGCAGGCGCACGAGCUCGAGUUUGAGCUCUUGCGCACCGAGACGGCCGAGCAGAUGCUUCACGCGCGCGAGAAGGCCGACCACGAGCUCGCCGGCGUCCACGCCCAGUUCCAGGUCCUCGAGGACGACGCCGUGCAGGCUCGUCGCGACCGAGAUGCCGCGCUGCGCGACGUCGAGGCGUUCAAGGCGCUGUACGAGGCCGAGCAGGAGACGGUCAAGCAGCGCGAGGUCGACCUCGUCGAGCUCGACAAGCAGGUCGAGGCGCAGCGCUUCCACCUCCUCGACCUCGACAAGAUCAACGGCGACCUGCGCGCCGAGCUUGCAUCGACCAAGGCCCGACUCGUCGUCGCCGAGGAGAAGGCCGGCAGGACCGUCGUCGAGCACAUUCGCGUCCUCGAGGAGGCGCAGCGCCUGCAGAACGCCGAGAUGGACCGCAUCCGCGCCGACCGCGACAAGCGCGACGCCUACGUCCGCACGCUCGAGCGAGCCCGUGCCGCCCUCACUCUCUCGGUCGAGGACUACCAGCAUCAGCUCGAGGCCGAGCGCCGGGCGGCUUUCGCCAAGCAGGUCCCUCGCGACACGACGCCCGACCGCCUGCGCGACGAGCUCGCGAGCGAGAAGAAGGUUCGCGAGCUUGCCGAGCUCAACGUGUCCCGCCUUCGCUCCGAGAUCAAGCACCUCGAGUCGCUCCUCGACUCGUCCAGGACCGAGAUCUCGGACCUCAAACGGCGCAGCGACCGCGCCGAGCGCGACCUGCAGCGCUUUGCCGCCUCGGACGCCGACGAGGCCCUGAUCGCCCCGAGCAGGUCGUCGAGCGCGUCGCCGACCAAGAACUUUAUCGCGUCGUACCCGAACAACGCGAUGCGGGACUCGCGCGCCGCCAACGCUCUGCCGAGCGUACCUGCGCCACGAGUCGGCGGCGGCCGCAUCGAGACGCCGUUUGGGUCCGGCACGGGCUCGGUCCACCACUCGCGCACGUCCGUCGACCUCAAGCGUGCGUCGCUGCAGUUCCCGCUCUCGUCGAGCCCGUCGGCGGCGCCGCCACCGAGUCCCUCUCGGGUGCGCCGCUGGGAGUAA